AGAAAUUUGCAAUUUUUAUCCAGGUUAAAGCGUGUACAUUGAUUUUAUGCGUAGAAUGGAGCGUUAUUUCGGUCAAAAGAAGCGAUGGCGCACUCUGACGGUACUUUUUGACAUGUUCAGGUUUUGUGACAUAUGCACGCACACAUUCAUGGCUGUGAUUGUAUUGCUUGUACUUCAUAAAUAUUUUUCGCCUACGACAGCCAUGCAGGAGACAUCCUGUGCUAGAUUUUUAACUAAAUAAGUAGUUAUAAAAAAAUACAAAUUAUGGAGCAGGCUAAAUCUAGUUCACCUAAACUUUUUAUGUGCACCGCUAUAGAAAACAAGGAUGAAAUUGAAGAGAGAUACGAGAGAGCCUACAACUUCUUCCAAUCCCUCGUAGCCGACUGCAGUGAAAAGGAAACACAUGACGCACUCAACAAUGCGGUUUGCAAAAAUCAUGAGGAAGUGUCCCUUGGGAUGCUGAUGUCCAUAUUGACGGAGCCCCACAACGCUACGAAGUGCUACCGAGAUUUAACGCUAGUGACCCGCGACGGACUCACGUGUGUGCUCAACAAUUUAUCUAAUUUGAUUCUGGAAAGGUAUUUAAAGUUUCAAGAUACCACUCGAAAUCAAUUACUAUGGUUGGUGAAAGAAAUGAUACGGAAUUCCGUUACUGGAAUAGACAGCGUUUGCUGGAACUUGAUGCGAUAUGCUUCAGGGGGUGAUAUUACCCCAAAGAACAUAUUCUUAGUAGAAUCUCUAUUGGAUAUUUACAUUGAGAAUAGAGCAUGGCUAGACAAGUUUCCUGUACUUAUUUGUAUGGUGGUGUACACAUAUUUACGAUUAGUAGAAGACCACAAUAUUCCACAACUCAUGGUCUUGAGGCAGAAAGAAGUGAACUUUGUAAUUUCUCUAAUAAGAGAAAGAUUUGCCGAUGUUUUAACAUUGGGACGAGAUAUGAUCAGAUUGCUGCAGAAUGUGGCUCGCAUUCCAGAAUUUAAUCAACUGUGGCAGGACAUACUAACAAAUCCAAAAUCUCUGUGUCCCACUUUUACUCAUGUCUUGCAAAUUCUACAAACAAGAACCUCUAGAAGGUAUCUACAGUCCAGGUUAACACCGGACAUGGAAAGGAAAUUAGUUUUCCUUACAUCUCAGGUAAGAUUUGGUCAUCAUAAGAGAUAUCAGGAGUGGUUUCAAAGACAGUACCUAGCUACGCCAGAAUCACAAUCAUUACGAAGUGACAUGAUACGAUUCAUUGUUGGUGUGAUACAUCCUACAAAUGAACUUCUUUGCUCAGACAUCAUUCCGAGAUGGGCCGUAAUUGGAUGGCUAUUAACAACCUGCACAUCUAAUGUUGCUGCUUCCAAUGCCAAAUUAGCUCUAUUCUAUGAUUGGUUAUUUUAUGAUCCAGAAAAGGACAAUAUCAUGAACAUAGAACCUGCAAUAUUAGUAAUGCACCACUCUAUGAGAUCACACCCAGCCGUCACUGCCACUUUGUUAGACUUUUUAUGUCGAAUAAUCCCUCACUUCUACCCACCCUUUGCUGACAAAGUUAAGCAAGGAAUAUAUAGUUCCCUUCAGCAGAUCAUAGAAAAGAGAGUGCUGCCUAAUCUUCAACCAUUGUUUGAUUCUCCUAAGUUGGACAGAGAAUUGCGAACAACAGUGAGAGAGACUUUUAAAGAGUUCUGCAGCAAUGGUAACGGAGAAGGUGCCUCUGGGGUGAUGGCAGAAACUAACGAGGAGAUGCCUAGAGGUCCGGAUGAGCCUGCAUUCUCAGAUGACGAAGAAGACCCGUUGCCAAUUAUAGCUGAGGACACAGAUGAUGACGACUUACCCUUGUCUGAAGUACGUGCGCGCGAAAGACCAGAAUUAGCCGCUGCUUUGCCUUUGACGCUGCGGCCUUUAGCGGAGACUCUUCUAGACGACCGCUCCGCCGCCGCCGCGACCGCUCUGCUCAACGCUUGCAGCACAUCAAUGCCAACAGCUACAGCUCUAGCUGAUCUAUUCACAGCUGCAAGCCAGGAGGCGCCACCGAUAAAAAUCAGCGCAGACCCUACUCCGGCCGAACUAGAAGUACAAGUUACCACGCCUAUUUUCGCCAUGUUCAACUUCCUUUCCAAAGGCAGCGACGGAGGCGAGACUAAACGCAAAUUAAUACUUGAGGCAUUCAAAGAAAUCCGCGCUCAGAACGCAUUUCACGGCGUCGGAUACAGCCUUUUGUUUUACUUAAAGGUAUGCUUCGAGCGCGACCGGCGCGCCGAACAGGACCUCGGGAAAAGGAGAAACGUGAAAUUCAAGUCAGAAAUUUACCGAGAUUAUUGUAGUUACUUGGAGCUUAAGAUUGGCGACAGUUUGGCGGACGAUUUUGAGAAAUGUCAAGAAUGCGACGCUAACGCUCUAGUGUGGUUGAUACCGGACGUGUACAGAGAAUUUAAGGAUCAGGCUCAAAACCACAUUAAGUUAUUGCAUGUGAUCGUUUCCACUGUAGACGCUGGGCAGUUACAGCGCCUCGUAUGUCUAACGUUGCAGAACAAUUUGAUGAUGUUCAAGUCAGAUGACAUCACGAUGAUGCUAUCGACAAGUUUGGGGUGGGAGACAUUUGAACAGUAUUGUCUAUGGCAACUUUUGACUGCUCACGACAUUUCCCUUGAAGAUGUCUUGCCAAUAAUACCGAAGUUGUCUUACAAGGAUCAUGCGGAAGCCUUGACGUCUGUUUUACUGAUGUUAAAGCAAGGAAAGCCGAGCGCAGAUGUGCUGAGACAGCUAUUCUGUAGGGAGGUGCAACAGGAAGACACGUUUGUUGUGUCAACACUGUUGUAUUGGUGUCAAGAUUAUGAGGACAAGGUUGGGGAUUUGGUAGCGGUGUUGUUGAGCACGCGGUAUCCAGGAACGAGCCCCAACAAGAGAAAACGGCCCGGGAAACACAGCAUUCCACCAAAUGCCCCUCCUUCUGCUGAACUGGUGCUUGGACAUCUAGAGCAGAUGAGGGUGCACUGCGUAGAACAAGAUGAUAUGUCAAUUUUUAAUAUGGAAUGUAUGCAGAAAUCGCUGCAGUUAGCUCAGUCGAAUAGUAGUGAUAAUUUAAGGAGACAGUACAGUGAUUUAUUUCUACUGGCAUGGGAAGACGAGUUGCCAAUAUCCAGACGCGCUAGGAAGCUAGUCUCCAAUUCACUGCCACUAGCACUAAGCACUAGCUUGCAUUCUUCCAAUGAUGAUAGUGAGGAAGAAGAGAUAGUGAAGCCUAAACAGGCGAAACGACGGAAGAAGGCUAUCUCGGACAGCGAUUGACAUAUCUGGCGUAAAAUGGUAACUUAAAACACCAAAGUGCAACUCAACAAUACAAUAAACAUUAUGUGUAAUACAUAAUUACGUUCGUUACCUUAUGUUAUCACCCGGGUACAGUUCUAAGAAUUGUUACCUUUAGUUUUUUAUUUAGUUUUGCCUUUUAAGUAAUUGUACAUUAAAUCCACACUUAAUAUA